AUGGCAGAUAAAAUAAGAGUGAAUUCAAAGUUUGAUCUUCAGGGAGAUUAUGAGCCAUCAGAUUCUGAAAAUGAAUACUCAGCUAAAGAGAAAAAACUUAUGGACAGGUUGCGAAAAAGAAAACAUGAUGAAUCAGGAAGCGAAGAAGAAAUGUUUGCAUUUUCAGAGUCAGAAGAGGAAGAUAAUAAUAAAGAUGACUUAGGUAUUGCAGAUAGUGAUGUUGAGGGACAAGAAAAUUCUGAUGGUGACUUACCUGAUGCAAAAGCAUGGGGUAAAAAGAAAAGAUCUUAUUAUUCUACUGAUUAUGUAGAUGAAGAUUAUGGUGGUUUUGGUGAUGAUGAAGAAGAUGCUCUAAUGGAAGAGCAGGAAGCGAAAAAUAUUCAGAAAAGGCUAAUUGAACAACUUGGAGAAGAAGAUUUUUCAAUGGAAUUUUUCAAUUCACAGAUUACAGUAAGCGAUAUAAAGGAAACUGUAGUAAAAAGUGAUUUAAGCCAAAUGUCAAAAAAACAAAAACUGCAAAUACUUGAAAAGGAAAGUCCAGAGUUUGCAGGUCUUAUUGAUGAUUUUAAGACUAAAUUAACUGUUGCAAAAGAUGAUUUGCAUCCUGUUUUAGAACUUGUAAAAGGGGGAAAACUCCCUAAAUGUCCAGCGUCUAAAUUUAUAAAAACUAAUUAUGACCUUAUUUUAAACUACUGCACUAAUAUCAGUUUUUAUUUGCUUCUAAAGAGUCAAAGAAUAAAUAUUCAGAAUCAUCCUGUCAUUAAAAGACUAUAUCAGUACAGACAAAUGCUUAAUAAAAUGGAACCUAUUUAUUUAGAGGUGAUAAAACCUCAAAUAGACAAAAUAUUACUGGCAGUUAAAAAUAAUUUAGAGCUUACUGUAACGAAAGACAAAAAUAAAGAUGGCAAAAAAAGGAAAACAGACAGACAGUCAUUUGAACAUGUACCUAAGAAACUUAAAUUGAUAAAUGCGUUAGAAAAAGAUGACGGUGAAGACACUGGUGUAUCAGAUGACGAUGAUACUGCAGAGGAUCAACUAACUGAUGAGUUCUUAAAACCAUAUUCUUCCAAAAAUGUGCAAAGAAAUAUUAAUGAAUCGGAGGAGAGUGGCUUUUCAGACAAUGAUGUAGUGGAGAAUGAUGAUAACAAGCCGACCACCUCCUCUACAGAGGUCAUUACUGAUGACCUGGGAGAAAAACGUGAAAUAACAUACCAAAUUGCUAAAAACAAAGGCCUUACACCCCAUAGAAAGAAGGAACAAAGAAAUCCAAGAGUAAAACAUAAAUUAAAGUACCGUAAAGCAAAGAUCAGAAGGAAGGGUGCAAUUCGAGAGCCAAGAUCAGAAAUAGCAAGAUAUGGUGGUGAACCUUCAGGAAUAAAAGCAAAUGUUAAAAAGAGUAUAAAAAUUAAGUAG